CGGAGCCUCCGCCGCCGCGCCGCCGCCCCGCCGCUGCCACCCGCUUUCCGGCUCGGAGUCCGAGUCCCCGUCUGUACCUCAGUCCCCGGCUGCGCGGAGCCGGGAUGCACUGCUCCUGCUGCGGGGCCUCAUCAUGGAGACCAAACGGGUGGAGAUUCCCGGCAGCGUCCUGGACGAUCUCUGCAGCCGAUUUAUUUUGCAUAUCCCCAGUGAGGAACGAGACAAUGCAAUCCGAGUGUGUUUUCAGAUUGAACUUGCCCAUUGGUUUUACUUGGAUUUCUACAUGCAGAACACACCAGGAUUACCUCAGUGCGGGAUAAGAGACUUUGCUAAAGCUGUCUUUAGCCAUUGUCCAUUUUUGCUGCCACAAGGUGAAGAUGUAGAAAAAGUUUUGGAUGAAUGGAAGGAAUAUAAAAUGGGAGUGCCGACAUAUGGUGCAAUUAUUCUCGAUGAGACACUUGAAAAUGUACUACUGGUUCAGGGGUACCUAGCAAAGUCAGGCUGGGGAUUUCCUAAAGGAAAAGUGAAUAAAGAAGAAGCUCCUCAUGAUUGUGCUGCUAGAGAGGUCUUUGAGGAAACUGGUUUUGAUAUCAAAGAGUAUAUCUGUAAGGAUGAUUACAUUGAGCUUCGGAUCAAUGACCAGCUCGCUCGUUUGUACAUCAUUCCAGGGAUCCCAAAAGACACAAAGUUUAACCCCAAAACAAGAAGAGAAAUUCGGAACAUUGAAUGGUUUUCCAUUGAGAAAUUGCCCUGUCAUAGAAAUGACAUGACCCCAAAAUCCAAACUUGGAUUGGCACCUAACAAAUUUUUUAUGGCCAUUCCCUUUAUCAGACCGCUAAGGGACUGGCUUUCCCGAAGAUUCGGCGAUUCCUCAGACAGCGACAAUGGCUUUUCCUCAGCUGGAAGCACCCCAGCUAAACCCACAGUGGAGAAGUUGAGUCGAACCAAAUUCCGCCACAGUCAGCAGCUGUUUCCUGAGGGUUCUCCCGGUGACCAGUGGGGGAAGCACCGGCAGCCCCCACCGAAGCCCGGCGGUGGCCACGAGGCAUCCGACCUUCUCAAGGCCAAGAAUCAGAAUUUGAGGGGAAAUGGCAGAAAACAGUAUCAAGACUCACCUAAUCAAAAGAAAAGAACAAAUGGAGUCCACACUCAACCAUCAAAGCCACAGACUCCCUUGAUGAAAUGUGAAAAGAAACUGCACCCACGAAAACUUCAGGACAACUUUGAAACAGAUGCAGCAGCUGACCUUCCUGCUUCCAGUGAAGAAGCGUUGCUCGAGCAUGCGGAGCCGUCCAUGACCUGUAAUGGCCACUGGAAGGCCUCCUUCUCCUCCAGAGCCUUCCUGAGUUUCAAGUUUGACCAAAAUGCCAUCAUGAAGAUCUUGGACCUUUGACAGCAGGGGCACGCUGUGGAGUCCUGAGGGGCCUGUUGCGUGGCUCGGCGAGAGGCCGUGGCAGAAGAGGAGGAGGACACAGCGGUGUCACACUGUACACGCACUUCCACCCCGUGCACAUUUACCUUUGCAGUGUUGGCAGCCAUGGUUCCAGCUGCUUCAUUUCUUCUGAGGACAUUUCUUCUGUGUGACUGUGGUCUGUGUUGUGUCUUCUGGUCAGGAAAAUAAGUGUUUGUCAUCAUCAGCAAGUAGCCAAGUAAAUGGGAGUGUUCCCUGCUCCCAUCAGAGUGAUGGGAAAGUACUUUCUAUUAGUACUGGAAUCGAAAAAGAGGAGCACCCAACUAUUAAUGAGCAUAAUGUCAAGAUUGCAGGCCAUCUGUUUCAGUGGCACUUUGCUCAUUUCUCUGCUUCAGAGCACUGGGGCUCUUCUGCUUGGAGUUUUUAUUGAAAGGAUGGUAGAGCCAGCAUCUACAAUACAAUAUUCAUGUGCAAAAUGAACUUAGCACUUGAGGACAAAGCCCACCGCACCCCAGGGAGGCAUGGCUUGGUGCUCCCUGCAGUCGUGCGCUUGUGGGGGCUGAGGGCGUGGAGGCCAGGCACCCGCCAUCAAUUACUGGGUGAUGUGUUCACCACCCUGCCUCCAGCCUUUUUAGUAUUAUGCAGUGAUUCUGUUCAUGUGAAAUUUCUUAGUCCAUUUGUGUACAUAUGUCCAGACAACUGUCAUUAGUUUUACCUUGCAUCUCAGUGUUGAUUUUAUACUGAUGUUAAGAGUAGCAGAGAGUGAUGGACGCGCUUCCCCUGGCGUCCUGAUCCCCUGGGGUGUGCUGCAGGGGUGUCCAUAAAGCCUUCACCUGGAGAGGCCGGGCAUGAGGAACACGCCAAACCCCUAGAAAUGUAUUUUGCUCCCUUUUCUUAAGUCCAACUAAGGACAGCAAUGCCUGUGUUGAGGAUUUCGGCUAUAAUUGAGGACAAUCAGCAGAGCUUGAAGGAGGCAGUGCCGUUGGCCGUGUCUGACCCCACUGGAGGGACAGAUGGUGGGGCGGGGAGGGGGGGGUUGCAUGUGCUUACAUCCUGUGGGAUUUUUCCAAGUCUUUUACGAGUGGUAUCUACAACAUGUAUGUUUGCUUAUGAACGCUCCCAUAGAACCCUUGAUUCUGUAGAGGUAGCUCAUUUAACUGGGGUUCUUGAUAACCCCAGCAGACUUCAAAAGAAGGGCUAUCGUAAGGAAUUCACUUGGUAUUACUUUUUUGUUUUACUCUUUUUUGUUGUUGUUGUUAAAGGAGCAAUUGUAUUUAGUAAUGAAAGUGUCACUUGGUGCUGAGCAGGAACAUGACAAUUCUAUCUGUGGAAUUCAAUUAUCCAGAACCCUGCAUCUUUUAAUGUGACUUAAUUUGUGAAUCCUUCUGUGACCUUGCUUUAUGAUGCGUUAUAUGAUUGCAUUUGCAAGCCCUUACCAUUCCUUCCAGAAACACCCCUGCUUGCUUGGGUCACCUUGUGCCCUCUUUACAGUUGGUCCCAGCAUUCCAGAUGUUUGCUAAAUCGUUAGUUUGUCUGCAGCUGAAUCACUUUCAUGUGUUUACCGUCAUCUGGAAACCAUUUAUUUUUUUUAGCAAGUGUCAUGUUUCUCUUUUAAAAUAAGUGCUUUGGUCAGUUGUCGCAGUGCCUGUGGUGUUAGACAUUUCAGCCCUCCUUACUGAAGCACAGAGAUGAGUGUUAGUAACCGGAACAGUGGCUGCUAAUGUAGUUGACAUUUUGAAGCACGACAAAUGAUCAUUCUAAUGACAACCGUCUUUGCUGUUGUGCUGCUUUAAUGCACUGUGGAACAAAACAAGGGCAUGAUUGCCCUGGGGUGUGGUAAUGGGCGGCUUUUUGUUCUCUUGAACAUGAAUGAAGGUUUGUGUUUGUGGUGGGACUUAACUCUGCAGACAGUGUGAAGUUGGGGUGUACCUGUUUUAUAUGUACACCUGUUGUGCUUUCUUCUCCAUGUAUCAGGUACCCUGAGACCAGGACUAGAAGUUUCCCCAUGAGAGGACUAGUUUCUUUCUUAGGAAGGCUGGAUUUCAAGAUUCGAGAUGGCAGCACUGGCUCUGUUGGCUUCCUUGUAUUUUGUUUGAAUUCACACCACAUUUGUUCCAGGGUGCAGUGCACUGUGAAUCUUUCCCUUUUUGUGUGUGCUGGUCCUGGGGCUUGAACUCAGGGCCUAGGCGCUGCCUGUGAGCUUUGCUCAAGGCAAGCACUCACUCUACCACUUGAGCCACAGCGCCACUUCUGGCCUUUUCU